UGGGAAAAUUUGUAGGAAAGAUAGUUGGCAACACCUUAGUUGACAGCAAAUUUUAAAGUUCUUUUUCUCCGUGGUUCCUGCUCUUAAAGAUGGCACCAACUGCUAAAACCAACAAAGGUGAUAAAUCCGCUGCCAAGCCAGCCGAAAAGAAGGCUGCACCCGCAGCAGCUACCGCUGCUAAGGGCAAAGUUGAAAAGCCGAAGGCUGAAGCUAAGCCUGCAGCGGCUGCUGCCAAAAAUGUGAAGAAGGCUCCCGAGGCCGCCAAGGAAGUGAAGGCUACUGCCAAACCCACUGCUGCAAAGCCGGCACCCGCCAAGGAUGCCAAGAAGGCAGCACCAGCUGCGGCUGCUCCCAAGAAAGAUGCUAAGGCUGCUCCCGCUAAGGAAGCAAAGAAAGCAGCACCUGCUGCAGCUAAGCCAGCCGCAGCUGCACCUGCCAAAAAAGCUGAGCCUGCCAAAGCCGCUGUGCCAGCUGCCGCACCAGCUGAGAAGCCAAAGGCUCCAGUUGUGAAGGCUGCCAAGCCACAACGCAAAUCGGUAUCAGCUGCUGCUACCGGCGCUGGCAAAGUAACCAAGAAGAAUGUGUUGCGCGGCAAGGGACUGAAGAAGAAGAAGGUGUCUCUUCGUUUUGGAAUCGAUUGCACCAACAUUGCUGAAGAUAACAUCAUGGAUGUUGCCGAUUUUGAAAAAUACAUUAAAGCCCGUCUAAAAGUCAACGGCAAAGUGAACAACCUUGGCAACAAUGUCACAUUCGAGCGCUUAAAGAUGAAAUUGUACGUGAACUCGGACGUGCACUUCUCCAAGGCCUACCUGAAGUACUUGACCAAGCGUUACUUGAAGAAGAACAGUUUACGUGAUUGGAUCCGUGUCGUGUCCAACGAUAAGGACUCGUAUGAACUCCGUUACUUCAGAAUCAGCUCCAACGAUGAUGAAGAUGAGGAUGCCGAGUAAACUUGUUUUUAUAAUAUUUUUAACUAAAACAAAAAAAUACAAGUGAAGCUGUUGAAUUAGAACUUUUUGCAUUUAAAAGAUGUUGGAAGUUCUGCAACAGUAGAAAUAUAUAUUGGGAGCACAAAUUGAUUUUGUGUGAAAAAAUAA